AUGUUGAGAAAGGGAAAUUUCCAUCGCUUAGCAGUUUCAAGAGGAAGUUUUCAUUAGUUGACCAAUAGGCAAGGGACCAGACACGUCAUCUUGUAACCUAAAUUAUUAGGGAACUUAAGCAACUACGACGACGACGACGACAACUUCAAAAAACAAUAGAUUUAAUGAUCAAAACAACAGCUCUUCGCGUGCAUCACUCUUUUUAGUACAUUUCUUUGACGUCCACUGCACGACUACGACCUGAAACCUCCUAAUUUCACGUUUUAUGGAGGACGUGGACAUACGACAACGAAUUUUCCUUCUUUUUUUUAACUUGAAUAAAAUCCUUAAGAAUUCAAUUCAAGGAAAAGUCGCCUGCAUUUGACAUAUUGAGCGGGUUCAAAACCACCCAUAAUACCUUUCGGGAUUGUCGCGUGCACUUUUUCCGCAACCUUUCUCGAAAUAGCUGUGAACUUGGAAAAUUAAUGUUUCAUAUCCUGUCAGACUCGUUUUGUUCAUUGUUGCUUUUUUUUUUCUUAAAAACGUAAGAAUACUUUUCUACUUUCCUUUUUCUUAUUAGCAACUGAACAGAUAUGAUCAGGUGUGUAUCAAACUUAAUCCAGUCAGGAGACAUUCUGAGUAAACGCGCGCACCGUAAUUUCGACAAAAUGUGUGGAAUGUAACCUCGAAAUUUUUACCGUGGCGAUCCUGUAUGCAUGUACAGUGAAAAUACACUUUGCUGUGGCUUGAAGGUGAUACAUUUUCCUGGCAUUCCAAAGCUUUACUUACAACCAGCAAGUAGACACAAGGUGUUUAAUCUAUCCCUUCAGUCAGUUAAUUUAAGUUCUAAGAAGUCUUUGCAAACGAUCAAACAAAACAAAAAAUAUUUUUUCUUUUUAUUUUAACAUCAUUGCAAAAUGCUUACAUCACUAGUCACUGAUAUUUUUGUCCAACCUCGUUUUCGUAAGCUAUCUUUGUUCCCAGGAUCUUUCUUUCGUCAUUUACGUCACUCUUGAGUCGUACACAGAAGACAAAAAGAAGGACCCUGGGAACAAGGUUUUUCGUCAACUGCGUCAUUAAUGACGUAGCAUGACGUACUUAGCGAGUAAAAAACCCUAGGUGCGAGGUUGAAUUUUGUCUUGAUGUAGAACUUGUGUGGACUCUACUCAAAAUAGUUGAUGGGAUCGUCCUUGGUCAUUCCUGUCUUGAUAGCAGAUAAUGUAAGAGUUGAUCCAUCACCUGGCAGAGACUGCAAAACGCGCAAAUGAACGUAGGAAGGACCGCCAACAUGAACCUGUAGGUAGAAUAUUUUAACAGUUUAAAGGACCCACCCUCGAGUAAGGUAUACAGUGGAACCCUGAUUCAUCGGAAAACAUUGGGAAAAUCAAACUGGUUCGAAUGUUGGGGAGGUUUGAAAAAUCGGAGGUAAAAUUACGCUGUGUGGCUGAUAAAGAAAGUUAGGUUUAGUUCGAAUUAUCGGGGAUUUCGAAACACCCAGUGUUCCAGAAAUCGAGAUUGCACUGUAGAUCCCAUAUGUAAUGUGUGAGUCAAUUAUGAACUUUCAGCAUUGAAAAUGUUAAAAUGUCGAUACACAGAAGAAAUCGAUUUGAUAGCGAAACCCAGGGGACACUAAUCUAAUCUAACAAAUGUUAUUUCUUUUUAUUGAUUGUGGAAUUUUGAUCCAAUAUAACUCUUGAGUUUCAGUUUAAGUUUAAUGAUCACACGCAUUGGUUCUAACAGACAAUUAUAUAAAAGAGGAUAAAAGCGAGGAUGAUGGCUAAUACACCGGUUCCUGGCAGACCGUUUGAGUGGAAAGCCGUGUUAUGAGAAUAUUAUGAGUGAUUACGGAAACAGACAACGCUUGAGUUAACUCAGGAAUCAUUACAUACUUGAAUAAUAAUUGGCAAACGCAAUGCUUUACAUUUCCCCUACCCCACUCCCCACUCUUUCGUUGAUGUCAUAAUGACUAUGGGCGCGUACAUAGUUACUUGGAACGUUCUUGGCUAACCUUAAUGAAGUAAUUUUUUCCAGCUACAACUUGAGUCUUAUAUGAUAUGGCUUUAAAUUCUUGAAAGACUUGCCCUGCCAUUUCCUCUGCUUGGGGCUUCACCUGUUGGAGAGACAAGUUGAAGUUAUUUUUCACCCCCCUUUAGUAAAGAGGUUCGAAAUAAUAAAUACCGUAAAACCCCGGUUACAUACGCCCUAACUAUACCUUCCCCACCUCUGCUCUGAUGGUACCAUCUACCUAUUUAAAGUGGAACCUCGAUAUAACGUCGAUCGGUAUAACGACAGUUGUUCUUUACCCCAGUAAUAGCAAACCAUAUGAAUUAAAAGAACCUCGAUAUAAUGAAACUUCGUCUUGCCCGUCCUAAUAGGCCGUUCGUUAUAUCGAGGUUCUACUGUGCAACAAUAAUAUUCCGGCUAAAAGCCUUCCACUCAUUUUUUUCCCUUGUUUUCUUCGUUUUUAAUCACAAAAGUCGUGCGAGUAGGGUUUAGAACAAUAAUUGUUAUCAUGAUUGCAACCAAAUGAACUUCUAUCGCAUCAAUUAUACUGGCAAUAUAUAUUUAAGCUGCAUGUUCAUCGUUUGUUUACAAAGCCGGAAAUGUAAUGUUUCUGUCUUCCCUCCGAGUGUCACCUUUCUCGCGGGUGGCAAUUUGACGCGUGCUCUCAUAUUUUGCUCAAACCAACCGCUGAAGAAAACGACAUGGAGAAACAAGGAACAUAUAUAACGGAUAUUUCUAGGUUAAAUAACUUUCUAUAUCUUUUUUUCGCAUUAGAAAUCAGUCCUUAUAUAUGCUUUGAAAGGUCGCGUAUUGCCUUGAAGCUCGAUCGUUACGCACGCUUUCCAGCCGUGGGUUACGCGGGUUGUCAGCUAUCGCCAAACAAGGCAUUUCGAAGUUAAGCGGAGAAAGAAAUAAUAUAUCAUGAGGGAGCUGCCUCACAUGCUAGCUUAAACUGAUACCUGAUCGCAAAUCUUUUGCACUUCUGCAUCGGCCGGUUUCAGCGGACUCAGUCCACCUGGUACAACAUCUUUAGCGUCCUGUGACAUGUUCUCAAGAAAUUUCUUUAGCCAGAUUCCGUCAGAUAAUUUCUCAACAAAGACUGAUCUGAUAGAAAAGCGAGAUAACUCAAGAUUUAUAUUUUGUUUAUUACACAACUGAUUGGUGGCGUGAUGUAUGACGUAAAUGUAAAUGAUUAGUUUCAUGCAAUGCGGAAGAAAGUUUUGUUUUUGAUCACCAGGUCACGCUCAAGAACUACCGAUUAGAAUCUUUAAGUUAAAAUAAACAUUCAAAGCCAGUACUUCCGCUGGAGCCUUAAGUGAUAUAAUCUGGUGAGCUUUUGUAAAGGUAUCUUAAGUUAAUGCUUACCAAAGAAAGUAGACGUGUAGGAAAAUAAAAAAACACGAGGAAUUGUUAAUGCUUUUUUUACCGACUCAUUAGCACGUACGGAUCGAUUCGGAUCGACAGGUUCGUUAACCCUAUCUCCCUCUCUAUGAAAGGAAAUUGACUGAUUAACGUCACAACUGAAAGCUCAUUUGAAAACGAAAUAAUAUUAAACAAGAUAAUUAAAUUAUACGGAGCAGCAAAGAAACAGAUAAAUUUUUACAACUUGUACUCCUAUAUAUAGUCCAAUAAACUGAACAUGCUGCAGGCUACUUUGCAACCGACUCAGUUUAUACUGCCUAUCAUAGGCACAAUUACACAUUAUCGAAGCAGUUCAUACGUUCUCAAACCGCUUUUCACUAGCGCUUAUGCAUCAGUCAAUAGCGCUGCAGGCAGUUACUAUUUAAAGACUCGAAACUCAGACAAACAAACUGAAAUUAAUAUUUAGCGGAUUCCUCACUUUUGUCUGACCUUUGUCGUUAAAAUGAGAAAAAUGGCAAAACUCAGACAAAAAUUGCAAUUCAGUCACUCUGACGUCAUUUGCACGCCACGUUAUUGAAACUCAACCCCCCCGACCCCCGACCCCCGGGACUUAGCGGGGAAUUAAGCAUUGGCCUGGUGUUAAAACCCCGCUAUUUUUCCCGCUCCCCGGGCCAAGACGUUUGUUAAAGGUCCCGUACAGCAGGGCAUUAGUUGUUCUAGGCUCGAAUCUCGAGGGUUCGACGUUGAACAUGUUCCUCUCCGAGAAAGGGCUCCUUUCCGCAACAGCGUUUGGUAAUCGAGUCUAAAGCAGUUCAGAACUAGUCACACUGCUCAGGACUCAUUUCUUUAAACGUCAACCAUAUAUUUAAAAAAUAAAACUGUCAGCCUCUACGUUCGUUCCUAGAAACUGCACUGGCGACUCCCAUGAAAAUGAAAACCUUCAAUGUUCUGAGAUCAAGCAAGAUGAAAAGGUAUCAGAUCUACCUGCUUCAGUUGUACCCGGAACAUUAGGACGCAUGUCGAGAAAGGGAAAUUUCCAUCGCUUAGCAGUUUCAAGAGGAAGUUUUCAUCAGUUGACCAAGAUGUGGUUGAGAAACCAAAUGGGCCUAGCUGUAAGCAGGUGAAGCUUAGCAGCGUAUUCACACGGGAUAAACAAGCUUCCAGGCUGGAAAUAGCUAGACUACCAGUAGUCCCCCAUGAGGAAAAAUGGAGGACUACUCGUAGUCUAGGCUGGAAAGCAAAGAGUCUGUAGAAACAGGUGGUGGGCAUGUUUAUGCUGUUGCUAAGUCUCAAAGAUCUGAAAAUAUUGGUGAUAGCAAAAAAAACUGACAUUGAAGUUGUUGAAGUUAAGGAUGAUAUCAUUUCUGUAAGUGAAUCUGAUGAUGACGAACUUAAUUCUCAGAAAGACGUCCAGCAAGAAAUAGAUUCAGAGCGUUUCGAUAAAACUAAUCAAACACUUUUAGGCCAGGCUAAAGAUUAUUCAAGUAACGCAUCUUGCACAACAAUACUGGUUCUUCCUAAACUUGGCAACACCGAAAAACAAACUCAGGUAUCAGAGAUGGUUAGGAACAGAAAGGAAACAACAGUGAGUUUCAGUAUGAAUAAACUUAAAAGCGUUGUUUUGGCUCAAACGAGACAGAAAACAGGUGAAGGAGAAGCUCGUUCGUUUAGAGCGAAGAUAGCACCAGAGAGCAAUUCCAGUGCUGAGAAAGAACUAACGAAAAAUAUUAGUAAAGAUAUGUUCAAGGGUAUGGAAGUUUUGGAUCAAUUUAAUCUGGGUUUUAUCAUCCCAAAACUGGACAAUGAUUUGUUCAUAAUCGACCAGCAUGCUUCAGAUGAGAAAUUAACUUUGAGGAUCAACAGAGGAACACAACAAUUAAAUCCCAACGUCUUACUGUUCCUUAGAAACUUGAAGCGACCGCUAUCCUUAUGGACAACGUGGAAAUAUUUCAAACGAACGGAUUUUAUUUUGAGGUUGAUCACAAUGCCGAGGCAAUGA